AUGCGAUCCUCAAUCUUUCCAACCCUCUCAGGGGCUCUUCUGCUUCUGGGUCACCUCCCCAACGUCGUCGCAGAACUUGAUAUCAGCAGCCCAGACGGCAUCAAGGAGUCAUCAAAGUCGCUUGCUAAGGACCUUAUGACGUUCUACAAAGGCGACGAGCCUGGAGAGACUCCGGGAAUACUACCAUGGUCGUCCGAGGGCAAGAACCAAUACUGGUGGUACUUGAGUGGCAGUUUCUUCGCCACCUAUCUCGACUACUGGCACUUGACAGGGGACGACAGCUAUGCGGCUACAGUUAGCAAGGCACUACAGUUCCAGGUUGGACCCAACGACGAUUACAUGCCCCCAAAUCAGACAGCUAGCCUUGGAAAUGAGGAUCAGUGUUUCUGGGGCACGGCUGCUCUCAUGGCUGCCGAGUAUGGGUUUCCCGAGGUGAAUGGAAAAGUCAAGUGGAUCAAUCUUGCGGAGAAUGUGUGGACGACUCAAGCAUCGCCUGAUCGCUAUGAUGAAACCUGCAAUGGUGGCCUUCGCUGGCAGAUUCCCUUUUCCAAUAAUGGUUAUGAAUGGAAGCAUAUUAAAGCUAACUUUAUGCAGCGGCCUCCAACGCGUGUUUCUUCAAUUUAG